AUGGCGCGUUUGUAUCGAGGUGGACGAAUCUCGCAAAUGUUAAUGGAAAAAGAGAAAACCGACGAGGUGCUGAGUGUGGUGGACAGGACGGAUUGGUACGUGCCACGCGAGGAUUUGCUCACUCCACAAUCCAUCGAUCUCUUCCAUUUGUCAUUUUUCGAUCGUUCCACUCAGGAUUUCCUUGACUCAUCGUUCGCCGUCAGCAAUUCCAUUUGUUUACAGACAUGGUACGCGCUUGCGUCAACAUUUCUCUCGUUGUUCGUCUCGAAAACCUCAUCGAACGGGUUACUCAAUCGGGGUGGAAUGUUCAUCUUCUCGACUCAACAACUCCGUGAGUUUCUCCACUUGCCUGUCGAAUGGGAUCGCCGAGGGAAAAGGUUACUCGAUCUUGGCGCCGGUGAUGGUGGAGUGACGGCUCGAGCCGGGGAUCUCUUCGAGCACAUUCACGCCACCGAGAUGUCGUCGAUAAUGCAAUGGCGUCUCCGUGAACGGGGUUUCUCAGUUCUCGAGGUGGACGAUUGGAAUCGACAGCAAUCAAAUCAACAAUUCGAUCUGAUCACCGUCCUCAAUUUGUUGGAUAGACACUACAAUCCGUCCGUUCUCCUCUCACAACUCCAUGAGGUUUCCUCGCGGAACGGCUGUUUAGUAAUGAUGGCAAUCGUGCUACCGAUCCGACAAUAUGUCGAAUUUCAUCCGAAUGGAUCGACGACGAGACCGGAUUCGUGGAUCGCUGUUGAGGGGAAAACUUUCGAAGAGCAGGUCUCAUCGCUCAUCGCGAAGACUUUUGAGCCGGCCGGUUUCGAGGUGAUCCGAUGGACCCGAUUGCCAUACCUGUGCGAGGGUGACUUUAAAAAGCCUUACUACCUUCUCAACGACGCGGUUUUCUUGUUGAGGCCACUGGCUUCGAACCAGUCCACUGCUCCAUCGACCUUCCCCUCCUCAGCCCAAUCACCGCCACAAGACACGCAAAUUCGAAUCGACUUA